CUGUCAGACAACUCGAUUAGGUCUGUCUACUUACACGAUAUGUGUAUUAGUUUUACAACUAUUUAAAAAGGUAUCGGUUCCGGUUGUGUGAUCCAACCAGUUUUUCUUCCUUCCGUGCUUCAUCUUUAUUAUUGAUCUUAACUGCCAGAUCUUUCCAGGGGCUACUCAGCGCAGUCGAUAGUGAGGGCGCUUACUUAGUUGAAUCCAACGUCAGCUCAUAACCAAUAUUACAAAUACCAAUACCAUAUUCGCCAUGGCAGAUUUCAGACAAGUUUUACAGAAGACAGCAAAUGCUUUUGUAGAGAAUAACACUCUCGCGGUGAAAACGAGGGACACGUCCUUGUUCUCUGCAAUUCUGACAGAGGACUGCAUUCGGAUGUAUCGACCCCUCUCCUUCAUCCAGAGGUAUUCGCAGUUCUUUAAGGCCCAGAUCACCAAUGCCGACUACGAGGCCCAGAUGCAAGUUGAGCUCCAGACCAUGAAGGACGUAUCUCAGAAGAUCACCAGGAUCGUGAUCGACACGACUGAGCGCAGGGCUACCCUGUGGAGCGAGCAGACUAUCUUAACGGCCGACGGAUCUACUAGCAAGGUCGAAGUGAUUUGGGAUCUGAAUUUCUCGGAAGAUGGGACUCGUGUCUCGCAGAUCAUGGAGUUCGUGGAUACGUAUGAGGCUACCAGGGUGCUGGAGCAGAUGUUGGCUAAAGCAGGCGCUAAAUAAUCGACGUCAAUUAUAUUUGGUUUUCAUCUAAGGUGCAACGAUGACAGGUAGUUGAUUAGCUAUUCUCGUAUGCAAUAUAAUACCUAGAUAUAGUCUGUAACUU